CACCAUCUCUUCCCUUCCCUUUCGUUUUUUAUUUACUUUAUUAUAUCAUCACCACCAACAACAUUCACCAUGGAAGCUUCCCCAACUCUUUUUCUUAUAACAUUCGCUUUAAUGUUGGGUGCUUCCCGUGGUGAUUUUGACUUGCUUCAAGAUGUUUGUGUUGCCGAUCUUUAUUCAGGAGUGAAAGUGAAUGGAUUCCCCUGCAAGCACCCUUCAACUAUAGGACCAAAUGACUUCUUCUUUUGCGGUCUGGCCAAUCCAGGCAUCCCUAACAACACUGUGGGAUCGGUCGUCACAUUGGCUCAUGUCGAAAAAAUCCCCGGUCUCAACACGCUCGGCGUCGCCAUGUCUCGCAUCGACUAUGCCCCUGGCGGGGUUAACCCUCCCCAUAUCCACCCACGAGCAUCUGAGAUAUUGUUCGUGUUGGAAGGCGAGCUCGAGGUCGGCUUCUUGACGACAGCCAACGUCUUGAUGUCGAAAGUGAUCAAGAAGGGUGAGGUGUUCGUGUUCCCUAAAGGAUUGGUGCAUUUCCAGAAGAACAUCGGGACGACUCCUGCUGCCGUUAUUACUGCCUUCAAUAGUCAGUUUCCAGGAACACAGUCCAUUGCUGCCACCUUAUUUGCAGCCUCACCAGCGGUUCCUUGCGAUGUGUUGAGCAAAGCAUUCCAAAUUAGUGACAAAGAGGUCCAGAUAAUCAAGUCCAAACUGACACCUAAAAAACAGGCUUAAGCAAGCUUAAUUGUGCUGUUGCUUAUUUUAACCAA